AGUCAGCCAGGAGGCACCAAACUGUUAGCGACAAAAACGCAGCUCUCGGUCACUCCCACUACCCUCCCACCCGCACUCCAGGCAUAUUUUGGAGGAGGCAGCAGCGGUGGCAGGAUGUGAGGCGAGCCUGGAGCUCAUUUUCAGGCGCCCCUCCCUCUUCGGAACUAAGGGAGACUUGUGGGCUUUUGCGCACUGGCUGUAGGGUUCCCGGGAAAGGCUGGAGCAGCGAACAGGAGGGAGAGAGGUGGACAGGCAGAGUCUGCACCUGCUGCCUGCGCCUCCGUUAAGGCGACAGGGCAGCUGGUGUUUCGCUCCUGGAGUGUGCCUACUUCGCAAGGGGGGCGAGGGCCACAGGCUGAGGCGCACGCGUCCGGGAGUGCACCGCUUGGCCGAGGCAAGGUGUUGCUGGAGCAAGGCUGCUCCGAAGCGAAGUCGCGCAAAAGGAAGAGUCUGGGAGGCAGGCGACUUAGGAGAGUCUAGUCACUGAGAGACAGAGAGAGGCGGCAUCUGCCAUUCUAACUACGGAGCUGAGUGAUUUAGAAACCCUCCUUAACUCUCCCUUUCCAGCUCUCCCCAAAGUCCACAGAAGCUCUGCUGAACUCUAGAAAUCUUCCCUGGCCGGGGGGAAGUUUCCUAGCAUCCUCUUUGGCUAAGACAGGGAGUGGAGAAAACAGGCGGGGCUGUACUGUCCGCUGUUUGGGGAGACGCGGUCUUCCUCGCGCCCCCUUCAGCCACUCCGACUGCUUGGGAAGUCCCAGCCCGCCCUCUCCGGAACCCGGCUCGCCAUCUCGCCCUUGACAUGGAACUACGCAUCUGAGACCUGCUGGACGUUUUGCUGGCCGUUUUGCAAGACUCAGCUGUCAAGAAAAGUGAAGGAUGAAGCCACCAUUUCUUUUGGCCCUUGUGGUCUAUUCUGUAGUCAGCACAAAUCUGAAGAUGGUGUCAAAGAGAAAUUCUGUGGAUGGCUGCAUUGACUGGUCAGUGGACCUCAAGACAUACAUGGCUUUGGCAGGUGAACCAGUCCGAGUGAAAUGUGCCCUUUUCUACAGUUACAUUCGUACCAACUAUAGCACGGCCCAGAGCACUGGGCUCAGGCUUAUGUGGUACAAAAACAAAGGUGAUUUGGAAGAGCCCAUCAUCUUUUCAGAGGUCAGGAUGAGCAAAGAGGAAGAUUCAAUAUGGUUUCACUCAGCUGAGGCACAAGACAGUGGAUUCUACACUUGUGUUUUAAGAAACUCAACAUAUUGCAUGAAGGUGUCAAUGUCCUUGACUGUUGCAGAGAAUGAAUCAGGCCUGUGCUACAACAGCAGGAUCCGCUAUUUAGAAAAAUCUGAAGUCACUAAAAGAAAGGAGAUCUCCUGUCCAGACAUGGAUGACUUUAAAAAGUCCGAUCAGGAGCCUGAUGUUGUGUGGUAUAAGGAAUGCAAGCCAAAAAUGUGGAGAAGCAUAAUAAUACAGAAAGGAAAUGCUCUUCUGAUCCAAGAAGUUCAAGAAGAAGAUGGAGGAAAUUACACAUGUGAACUUAAAUAUGAAGGAAAACUUGUAAGACGAACAACUGAAUUGAAAGUUACAGCUUUACUCACAGACAAGCCUCCCAAGCCAUUGUUCCCCAUGGAGAAUCAGCCAAGUGUUAUAGAUGUCCAGCUGGGUAAGCCUCUGAAUAUCCCCUGCAAAGCAUUCUUCGGAUUCAGUGGAGAGUCUGGGCCAAUGAUCUACUGGAUGAAAGGAGAAAAGUUUAUUGAAGAACUGGCAGGUCACAUUAGAGAAGGUGAAAUAAGGCUUCUCAAAGAGCAUCUUGGAGAAAAAGAAGUUGAGUUGGCACUCAUCUUUGACUCAGUCGUGGAGGCUGACCUGGCGAAUUAUACCUGCCAUGUUGAAAACCGAAAUGGACGGAAACAUGCCAGUGUUCUGCUGCGUAAAAAGGAUUUAAUCUACAAAAUUGAGCUUGCAGGGGGCCUGGGAGCAAUCUUCCUCCUCCUUGUACUGCUGGUGGUCGUUUACAAAUGCUACAACAUUGAAUUGAUGCUCUUCUACAGGCAGCACUUUGGAGCUGAUGAAACUAAUGAUGACAACAAGGAAUAUGAUGCCUAUCUCUCUUAUACAAAAGUGGACCAAGAUACUUUAGAUUGUGACAAUCCUGAAGAAGAGCAGUUUGCUCUUGAAGUACUGCCAGAUGUCCUGGAAAAACACUAUGGAUAUAAACUCUUCAUCCCAGAAAGAGACCUGAUUCCAAGUGGAACAUACAUGGAAGAUCUCACAAGAUAUGUUGAACAAAGCAGAAGACUUAUUAUCGUGCUAACUCCAGACUAUAUUCUCAGACGGGGAUGGAGUAUUUUUGAACUGGAAAGCAGACUCCAUAACAUGCUAGUCAGUGGAGAAAUCAAAGUGAUUUUGAUUGAGUGUACAGAAUUAAAAGGGAAAGUGAAUUGCCAGGAAGUGGAAUCACUAAAGCGCAGCAUCAAACUUCUGUCCCUGAUCAAGUGGAAGGGACCGAAAAGCAGCAAAUUAAAUUCUAAGUUUUGGAAGCACUUAGUAUAUGAAAUGCCCAUCAAGAAAAAAGAAAUGCUAUCUCGGUGCCAUGUUCUGGACUCCGCAGAACAAGGACUUUUUGGAGAACUCCAGCCUAUACCCUCUAUUGCCAUGACCAGUACUUCAGCCACUCUGGUGUCAUCUCAAGCUGAUCUCCCUGAAUUCCACCCUUCAGAUUCAAUGCAAAUGAGGCACUGUUGCAGAGGUUAUAAACAUGAGACACCAACCACGACCUUGCCAGUACCUUCCUUAGGCAACCACCAUACUUAUUGUAACCUGCCUCUGACGCUACUCAACGGACAACUACCCCUUAAUAACACCCUGAAAGAUACCCAGGAAUUUCAUAGAAACAGUUCUUUGCUGCCUUUAUCCUCCAAAGAGUUUAGCUUUACCAGUGAUAUUUGGUAGUGAAAAAUCUGAAUUCCUCUGAACAGCUAGAUGAGCAUAGAGAAUUUCUGCUAUACCAAGCAUAAAGUACACCUAAUAACAUUGAGGUGUUAAAAAAGUGUUUGAAGAAAAAGGUACAAAAAUGGCUUUUAUACUUAAAUAUUUUUGUUUACAUUUCCAGAAUAGUGGGGG